AAAGGUGGAGGCGCCCGGAGAAGCGGGGACCCCGAAGUCUCGCGAGAGGUGGCUGCUGGAGGGCGGACUUUCUGCAUAAAUUGUCGGGGAGAUAGAGGCUGGCGCAUCUUUGUUGUGUCUCGGAGUUCGGAAGAGAUACUUUAGGGCUGGAGCUGACAGCUAUUGGCGACUGUGGCAGACUGUGUAACUGUGUUUUCGCGGACAUUGGUGAUAUCUUUCCCCACCCCAGACUCUAAAACGUUCAAGAUUGAAACAUGGCAGUAGUAUCCACUGAUGUUCAGCAGAAUGUGGUUUCCAGGGUUGCAAACCUUCCUCUGGUGAGUUCCACCUAUGAUAUGGUCUCUUCUGCUUACAUCAACACAAAAGAUAACCAUCCUUACAUAAAAUCAGUAUGUGAGAUAGCGGAGAAAGGAGUGAAGACCAUCACUGCUGUGGCCAUGACCAGUGCUUUGCCUAUCAUCCAGAGGCUGGAGCCACAAAUUUCAGUUGCCAACACCUAUGCUUGCAUAGGACUGGACAAAGUUGAAGAGAGGCUGCCUAUACUUUAUCAACCAACUGAAAAGGUAGUUGCUAAUGCAGUUGAUGUAGUUGUUGGAGCUAAGGAUGCUGUAACAACAACUGUGACAGGUGCCAAGGAUACUGUUGCGCAUACUAUUAAUGGUGUUGUGGACAAGACUAAAGGAGCUGUGCAGGACAGUGUAGAGAUGACCAGGUCUGUGGUACAUGGCAGCAUUAACACUGUCCUGGGAAGUCGAGUGGCGCGCCUGGUAAGCAGUGGUGUGGAUACUGCCCUCAGCCGAUCAGAGACUCUUGUAGACCAGUAUCUCCCACUUACAGAAGAAGAGCAAGAAAAAGAAGCUACCAAAGUGGAAGGAUUUGAAGUUGGCGUUCAGAAGCCAAGUUACUAUGUUAGACUAGGGUCUUUGUCUUCAAAGGUCCGAUCACGUGCCUACCAACAGGCCUUAAACACAGUUAGAGAUGCAAAGGUCAGAAGCCAAGAGACCAUUUCUCAGCUCAAUUACACUGUUAAUCUGAUUGAAUAUGCCAGAAAUAACAUGAAUAAUGCCAACCAAAAACUCCAAGACGCCCAACAGAAACUGUAUAAUUCCUGGGUAGAAUGGAGGAAAACCAUUGACCAAAGUGAUAAUGAUGAAGAUGGUAAUGAUAACUCACACAGUGCUGAGACCAUUGAAUCGCGUACCCUAGCAAUUGCACGGAACCUGACUCAGCAGCUUCAAACCACCUGUCUCACCCUGGUCUCAAGUAUCCAAGGCCUGCCACAGAACAUCCAAGAUCAAGUCCACUAUGUAGGGGCACUAGCUGGAGAGGUCUAUAGAAGCUUCCGUUCAGCAUCUUCCUUCCGAGAAGUGUCUGACAACAUUAUUACCACCAGUAAAGGGCAGCUGAAGAAAAUGAAGGAAUCCUUGGAUGAUGUGAUGGAUUAUCUUGUAAACAACACGCCACUCAACUGGCUGGUUCCAGAUUUCACUAUCUCAGACCUGUCUUCAGAAUCUGAUGAGAUUCCAGAUGUUUUGGCUUUGGAUGAAGAAAUCCAGCAUGAUUAUUCACGUGCAAAUGGUCCAAUCACUACAGAACAAAGAGCUGAAUAAAUGCCAUAUGCAUAUACACAUGCACUUCUUUGCCAUGCUGACUUAAUCCUUGUGCUUUUUGAAUAGAACAGAAUUGUUUUACUAAUUUUGUUUAUAUUAAAUCAGCAUUCUGAGUUUUUUCUAAAUGUUACAAGUAAACAUAUUAGCUUAACAUUUUAGCAUGGGUAACGGAGUCUCUUAUCCUAUGGGCCAGAUCGCUUUAUUUAACUGAACUUAAACAUCUGUCUAAGAUCUUAAUCACAACUGCUGAAAGAAGUUCCCUAAUAAUUGACAUGAAAGCCUGUCUAUAAGGAGAUUUGCUGGCUAAAGUUUCCUCCUUUAGUUCCUGUAUUUCCGUACAGUCAGAUCUAUCUUUUGGCUUGCUUGGAAGAAAAUCAAGCUGAAAAUGUUACGUUCCUCAUCUCUGUUUCAUUGUAGUUACUGACUUGUGCCCUGCUUUGAAAACAAAUUUUCAGUAGGUUUCAACAAAGUUGAAGGGUCAGUAUGCUAGUGGAAAAUUCGCUAGCAACGCGCAAUGAUACUUCCAUGUAGUGGGUGAAAGGGAGGAAAGGGUUUGUUCUCACUGUCCCACCCCCCUCCAGUAGAUCCAGCAUAAUGUUAUAGCACCCAUGUGCAUAUUAAUUGCAUGUGUAGGCUCUAUCGAGUGAUUAGAAACCCUGAUUCUUGCAGGGCCUCCAGUCUAGAUAUCUAAGUAGGUAUUGGUGCAGUAUACCUUUCUUGUAUGGACAGAGACUAGUGUAUGUUCCUCUUUGAUUUCUCUUCUGAGAUUUGUUUGCUCUGUCAAGAUGGUCAGGUUGGUUCUUGUGGUAAUCUUGUAUCUGGGUCACAUUACUUCACUGCAGGUAGGAGCUUACAAGUAAUUCAGUACUUUUUUUUAAAAUGGAUUGUUAGGGAAGAGAAGUUUAGACUUCUCCCUAGCAUCUAAUUUUAUGUGUAAGAGUUGUGAGUUCUGACAAGUACGUUUAAGAGGUAUGGUAUGGAUACAGAUUUCAACAAGAGCAAAGUUCUAAGAAUCCGGAGUUUGAUGAAGGCAAAUAGUGUAAAAGCAGGGGAGAAAUCCAGAGACAGGGAGAAAGACUAAGGAGUCAAAAAGAACAAAUGUGAAUGAGGUGACAGGAAACUGAGAAAUGUAAGAGGGGAUAUGAAUGGGAGGAAAAAAGUAACCUGUUGAAGCAGUGCUCUUGUCCAAACCCAUAUUUGCAUCAGCUGGGUUUGCAUAGUUGCUACAGUAGAUCAGCAAACAGUCCUUACAGUUUGUGGUGCUAAUAAGAAGCUUCAAUGGAAGCUCAAAAGUUGGUAUCAGAAACUUAGAAAUCCUUGACAGAGUGUCGCGCUCUAAAUGCAAGACAUGGUAUUCAGAUGUCCCUUUAACAUUGUUGACAGCAUUGUGUGUAUUUAUCAUGAACAUGUGAAGGUAUGCUAUGGUGCUAACUUAUAGGCUAUGCCCACCAUGUAUUUUGGACAAAAGAGAUAAUUUGACCUGCUCUUUAGCGGGAGGUAGAUACCCCCACUCUAAAUAUAGAUAUAAUACCAAAUUUAUACUGAAGUUUUAAGCCAAAUAAAGUUUGAACUACAUAA